AUGAAGCAGCUGAACGCACUAUCAGAGUUGGAGAGCUUGGAAUGGCCACAUUUCCUGUGCUUGCCCAAGGCGCUGCGGAUUGGCAGCUGUCACUCAAUGGACUGGUCUCGCCAGGCGUUCAGGGCGGAGAGCUACGCGAUCGGCACGGCCGGCGCCGAGAUGCCGAGCGUCGCACAUGACGAGUUUGACGGCGAGAUGAAGAAGACCGCGACAGGUCACGCGAAGUCGAUGUCAGACAGCUCGGAGCACGACGAGUCGCCGUCCGAGUCGGAGAUGACCGUCAUCCGCAGGCGCUUCGCCUCGUCGUCCGUCCGCAAGCACAGGCUCGAGACGAAGGCCAGUUUCGCGAGCCAACACGGCGACUCGUCCGACUCGGACGCCGAUGGCGGCAACAUAUUCGAAAAGAUCAUUGGCUCGUUCGGUCACAUGUUCUCGAGCGACAGCAGUGGCGGCGAGGCGUCGGAGUCGGAGACUGAGGCGGGCAGCAAGACGACGGAGGGUCAGCCUAGAGACGAGGCGGGCGAGGCGAUCGAUGAGACAAAGCCAGUGUUUUUGAAGAAGGGAGAGGCGAGCAUUGAGGAAGACGACAAAGAUGAGAUAGAUGCUUCGAUGGCAGCUGUUGACAUGGCAACCUACUUCCUGGUUGACUCACGCGACAGCCUCCAGCUAAAUGUCACCCCAACUCUCAUAUUGCUGCUUCAAGAAUUGUUAGAGGCAUUAUCUGAAAGACCUGAUGCAGAGGUGAAGUCUAACAAGAAACCCCCAUCUCUUACAGUCCUAAACAAGCUGGGAGUCGAGACGGAUGUGCAGGUGAGAGGAGACGAGGAGACAGCCGGUGAUGUCUGCGUGCUGCAAGGCACCGAGUAUGACAAUGCCCCUGACCUAAUGGACCUCAAUCCAGAGACAGAGCUUAUUAAAGCUGAGGAAGCAGAGGAGAAGGUGGAUUAUGGUCUGGACAGUGAGGACCCGAGCUACUACGAUUACAUGAGCAACCUCAGCAGUGCCGCGAUGGUCAGCCACGCCUUCUCCUUCGACAGCGACGACAUGCAACCUUUCGCUUCUUGCUCAACCCGCAAGGUGGCGCUACGGGUGAAUGGGUUUGAGGCUGUCGACUGGCAGCUGCCGCGGCGAGCGGGGACGCACAUGCUGGUGAUGUCGCCGAAGCAGGGCGACAUCUUGUACAGCGUGCUCGCCACGCUGGACGUCACGCACGGCAACCGCACUGUCACGCUCAGGUCACCGCUGCAGGUGCACAACUGCACGAGCUACGCUGUGAACGUCUACUGCAAGGUGAGUGAGCUUGCCAACCACCAGCGUCCGGCGGGUCUGGACGAGGGCAGCGUCGGCGAGUACGGCCUGCUGACGAUGCUCGCGCCGGGCCAGCUCUACGACGUGCCCCUCUACGUCGCCUACCACUGCAGCCUCUACAUGAAGCCAGCCCACCUCGAUUACGAGAUGAGCUACAAUGGCAUCUGGUGGAGCGACCUUGCAGGUGCCAAGGACAGGUCCACAUAUCUCGCCUGUCUGGCGACACAGUGGGAGAACCGUAAUUUCCUUAUCAAGGUCGUCUGCAAUGAUGGGGUAACCGUGCGGUUGCCGGGAAACCUGGGUAAACAAGUGCCAAACUAUAUGUUGAAGCUGCAUGCUCCAGUAGUAUUGCACAACUAUCUUCCACACCAUCUGAGGUACUCGCUGGAGGCAAAAGCGUACAAGGACAAUGUCAAGUGUGAGUUUGAUGUUGACCUUGAUGCUGGUCAGAAGAAGGCAUUACACAACAUUGACAUGCUGAGUGCAGAAUCUCACCAGCUCUACCUGGAGGCACCAAAUUACUUGAACAUGCACUGGACCGGAGUGCUGGAUCUCUCUACGAGCAUGGACGAGAUGCGCGGUGUCAAUAUGACACCGGAGUUUGAAGCAGACACCGGCACGAGCAAGCAGUUUACGAUCGGUGUGCACACCAUCAACACAGGUGGCCUGGAGAUCUACCUGUAUGCCCCCUACUGGCUGGUGAACAAAACCAGCCUGCCUCUGCAAUUCAGGGGUUCGGGCUCUGAGGUCGUGUAUGAGAACCUGACGUCACAUGACCCCCUGCUAUUCAGGUUUAAGAAGCACAGAAGGAAAAAGGUUAAAGUGCGUGUGUACAACUCGCGGUGGUCACAUUCGUUCUCGCUGGACACUGUAGGCAGCACGGGCAUGGUCAUCUGCGCUGACCGUGAGCGAGAGCGCAAGUACCGGUUCCUUGUGCAAAUCCAGCUGUCGAAGCUAAACCUAACGAAGAUCGUCACCAUCCUGCCAUUCUUCCUGAUAGUGAACAACACGCCGACACCACUGCGUUACAUGGAACACAACGAAAACGCUGAUCUUUGGAUGGACAUCGCUCCCAGCCAGUGUUGCCCCUUCUGGCCGGAUACGGACUCGAUGAGGAUGUAUGUGGCACAGCACCAGAGCCUGGCCUGCUCCCAGGGCUUCGUCGUUAACCAGCAGCACUCUACCGUGCUUCGCAUGAGCAGCGGGGGGGCGCUGAGGGUGGAUGUGUCGGGAGGUACGGAGUCGCCAAUGACUGUAUCGUUUGCACCAUAUCAACAUGGAGACGCACCUAUUCUCAUACAGAAUGUAUGCGAUGACAUCUUCAUCAGAUUCAACCAGAAGUGCCAAGGCCAGGUGACCCUGCUGAAGCCCAAUCAACAGGUACUGUACACCUGGGAUGAUCCAGCAUCAGAGAGGACGAUCAUCUGGAAUGUAUACAACCGCAAGAAGCCUGGCUAUCCUGCCUUUGUAAACAAGGAUGGACAUGGUGAGGUCAGGAUGCACAUCCAGUCUGUCAAGUUCCGAGCACCGAAUGGUUCUGUCAGCAAGGAACCAGUGAUGAGCAGUUCAACUGAUGAGGAUGAUAGCGAGCAGGAAGUAAUUCCACUGUCAGAGCUGCGUAAGAAGAUGCGAACAGACAAGGUGAUCGUCUACUGGGUGUCGUUCCUAGAUGGACCGCAGAGAGUGCUGCUGCUAACCCAGGAUGAACGCGUUGCCCGGGAGGCCAGGCGGUUGUGUGAAAGCGAGAAGUCCAACUGGGAGCUGUUUCUCUCACUUGGCAACGUCUCGAUGUCUCUCAUCAACAGCUCUUAUGAAGAAGUGGCUCUUCUCAGUUGCAUAGGUUCAUCCGCCAAGUGGCAGGUUGAGAUCAAUGGCAAGUGGAAGACCCUGAAUGUAGAGCUGUCACUCUGGUUGGAGGACAAAUGGAGGGCCUACCAGUCCAGUGCUGAGCUCAAAGACUACAUAGAGGUGGACUUCAGCCGCAUGCAAAUGGUGAAGCCAUUCUUUGGGCAGCUGUGUCGCACCUACAGUCCUGCUGUGUUCUUCACCUGCCGGAAGUCGGAGCACCAAACAUGCAUCGGAGCUACGCUGCACCGUCUGCAGAUUGACAAUCAGCUGAAUGAUGCCGUGUUCACGACAGUCCUGAGCCCUAUACUGAACAAGCAGUAUGUGGCCAAGCAGGGUGGAAGUGGCCCAUUCCUCGAAUUCACCAUGUUGUCUAGGAAGCUUCCUGAAAAUAAUGGCAUGUCUGUACAAUACCUGAAAGCACUUGUGAAGGAUUUCAGUCUGAAACUGGACAAAGGCUUCCUGCUCUCAGUCUGGCACAUUUUCUCCCCUUGGCAGACACCAAAGAGUGAGACGCUGCAGCUGCAGAGUGACCUAAAUGACAUUCACGCUCAGCUGAAGGAUGUCGCCAGCCAGCAGGUGGCAGCACAGAAGCCAUGCAUCGUGUUCGAGUAUGUUCACUUGUCGCCGCUCAAGUUCGAAGUGAGUCUGUCGCUGCGCGGCAUCGUGCACCAGGAGCAGGGUGAGUCGGACGGACUCGUGUCGUCUCACGUCGACUUCUUCCUCGGGUCUGUCGGCGCCACCAUCCUCGACAUCAAAGACGUAGAGAUGAAGUGGUUGCCCAUCACGUUCGCUUUAGCAGAACGACGUUAG